GCGCACACCUCCAGUGCACAACCCAAGCACUGGAGCCGUUCCGAAACGCAAUAUUGGGCGUUUUUCACGUCCACGUGCAGACGCUGCUCUACCCCGAGAAGGACGGGGAGACCCCCAAGGAACGGCGGAAGCGGGAGGCUGCCACACGAAAGCGAGCCCGCGAAGCAGCGGCGAAGGAGAAAGAAGACGUCAGGAGAGCUUUGAAGGCCCAGCGAGCGCAACGCGCCCGUAAAAAGAGGGAGAACCAGAAGCUCAAGGACCAGCGGGCGGAAUUCAAGGCAAAAGCAGAGGAUGAUGAGGCGGGCGAUCGCUCGGCCCUG